AUGGCAACUCGCCCUCCAACUCUGACCGAGAUUUUACUCGAUGUCUCUCCACCCCCCUGGACGCUGAGCGCUUUCAUGGCCUACCUUUCACAGAAUCAUUGCAUGGAAACACUGGAGUUCACCCUAGAUUCUCAACGAUACGCUGCCUUCUACGACCAGCUCACAACUGAAAACCCUCCGUCGCAGGAGAGUAACGCACGCGUCUGUGGUUGGUGGGACAAACUCAUGGAGGUUUACAUUGUUCCAUGUGCACCAAGGGAGGUGAAUAUUCCUGCUCGAGUGAGGGACUGUCUCUUAAGCCUGCCCAGUCGGCCUACACCCCCACAUCCGGCCGAGCUCGAGGAAGCUGGUCGAAUAGUUUAUGAGCUUAUGAAUGAUUCGCUUCUUGUUCCGUUUUUGCAGUCUGUCGCGCCCAUCUAUCCCACAGUUCAAAAUGAUGAUGACAGUCAAUACAACCAUCGACGCCGGUCUCAGAAUAAUAGCCAUCGUUCGGACCAACCUCGACGCUCGGUCACCUCACCGCAUUCAGCAGAUUUAGACAGUCUCACGGAUGAUAGCGACAGCAAUGCAGCGUCUGGUGCAGAACCAAUGACUCCCCCAACUACGCCUCCAACGUCAGAGUAUACGUUUAAUUCUUCCCCGGGUGGCUUUCAACGUGCCAUGGCCGCCCAUAACAAGGGUUGGAAAAAAGUGGGCGAGAAGUUAGGAUUUAGUCGCAAGGCGUCCAGUCGCCGCUCAACACCAACAUCAUCGUCAGCUUCUGACUAUGACGCUGCUCUCGGAGAACCCAGUCAGAGCCACUCUUGA